AUGGAGAAAUCUCAAAAUUAUGAGAUGAACCCAAAUCCAGAAGUGAAUUCUCCCUUUGUGGAUCUAGAUAAUGUUGUAGAGGAAAGUCCUUCUAUGGAUCUUAUUAAUGGAACUGAAGAGAGAUGUGCUAGGUGGAAAUUUUCUUUGAUUGGUCGUCUCGACUUGCUUCGCCUAAAAUUUGCAGAUGCUGUUUCAAACUUGAAAUCUCAGUGGAAAUUGGUUGGUCAAUGUAAGAUUAUUCCAUUGGGAAAAGGUUUUUUUACAAUUAAACUUGAUAAUGAAAGGUAUCAGAGUUAUAUCAAAGCUGGGUUAUGGGAGGUAUACAAUCAAACUUUAUGGAUUCGCAAUUGGAUACCAGAUUUUCGUCCAGAAUUACAUAGAACUUCUUCUGCAAUGGUUUGGGUUCAUUAUCCUGGACCGAGCUUAGAAUAUUGGGAUGAGCAGAUUUUAUUCAAAAUCAUUUCAGUUUUGGGAGAACCAGUAAAGGUAGAUGAAGCUACUUUAAAUUUUGAAAAUGGUUUAUAUCCAAGAGUACUUAUAAAAAUUGAUUUAGCAAAGAAAAUUCCACAUAAACUUUGGAUUAAAACCAAAUUUGAAGGUUUUAUGCAAAGUGUACUCCUGACAAAGUUACCAAAAUUUUGCCACCAUUAUAAGAUUGUUGGUCAUUUACAAGAUGAAUGUAGAGUGAAGGUAUCAAAUGAAGCUGAAUCAAGUACAAGCCAAGAAAAUCAUAGAGCUGCAACAACUAACCUCAAACCAAUUUCUCCUAAGCAGAAAAAGGAUAAAGGAAAAAGCUCUAAUGAUAAUUCAUCACCCAGAACAGAAGCUCAACAAGAACAGGUCAAAUUUGAUAUUUGUUAUACUCCAGUACCAAAAAUCAGUCAGCAUAUUUUAACUCCUCAACAAUCAUCUGUUAAUCUAUCUUACGAUAGAUUUGAGGCUCUUAAUUCUGUGAUUGAGGAAGAAGUAGAGAUCAAUAUAAGUGAAGGGAGUGGAAAUUUAUCUCCAGCAAGAAUACAACAAAUAGCUGAAGAUAAUGCAAUUGAGAAGAGUGUUAUCAAUUUUAUUAAUGGCAAAGAUGGGUCAAUCUCAGAGGAAAGGAUUCCAACAACAACUUGGUCAAAAAUAAUUCAAAAACCUUCAACUUCUGGCACAAAGACAACUCCAGUAGUUCAACAAAAGGAAGCUCCAACUAAGGCAAAAUCUCAGCAAAUAAACAACAAAUAUAAUUUCAGGAAGAAUUAA